AUGUGGAUGUCGGAAUAUCUAUUGUUUGUGAUAUGUGGAUACGGUUCUGCACAUGGACGGUGUUUUGAAUACUUAAUGGCCGGGUAUAUAGUUUUUGCGCUUGAGAAACUAUGUUCAAGGAAAACUUUGAGUGGUUCAUCUGCUAGGCUUGGAAAAGAAAAAAAAGCAAAAUUGCAUGACAUUGAAAUUGUGUACGACAUGGCUCACUUGGACAUGGAGCUUGCAGGUUACUGUGUAAUUAUGUUCCAUAAUUUUGUUUGCGAUAUAUCUUCUAUUAAGACAAGAACACAAUUCAAAGGGCAUUUCUUGCGAUAUAUUUGUGCUGACAAAGGUUUACUUUGUUUUCCUCUCGUGGAUGACGACUUAUUUCAAAAGCGUAACUACAUGACACUCUUAAUCAAUGCAGAACACUGUUUCUCCGCAAAACAAUCACUAGUCUCUUAUUAA